CAAUAUGGUCAGGGGAUUUGAAACGCUUGUAAACAAAGAGCGUUACGUUGCGGAAAAGAAGGUGAUACGCAUAUUUGGUAAAAUAACCAAAAUUAUGGAAAAUGGCUAUGAGAAAUGUAUUUUCGACGCCUGAGUAUAGACAAGACAGAUUGUUGGAGGAAUGGUUGACUAGCUGUAAACAGGGAAACCUUCUAUCUGCUUUGAAGAAACAUUGGAAAACAUUUGUUCUCUGUGUCUAUGGUAACAGCCAUGAUGCAGCUAAAGAAGAACGCCUGGGGAAAAAGUUCUUGUUUCGACCAAUGGAAUAUUUUCUUUGUCAAAAAGAUCCAGAGGUUGUAUUUGAGGAACUCCAGGCCAAGAAUAUGCCAUCACAGCUCUGUGGAAAGGUCUUUAAAACAGGAGAACCAACCUAUUCAUGCAGAGACUGUGCAAAUGAUCCCACAUGUGUUCUCUGUAUAGACUGCUUCCAGAAUGGUGCACACAAAAACCACAGAUACAAGAUGAAUACCUCUGGGGGUGGUGGGUACUGUGAUUGUGGGGAUCAAGAAGCCUGGACUUCACACCCCUUCUGUGACCUACAUUCUCCAAAGGAGGCCAGCCAAGAUGAGAGGAAUGCUAUAGAGACACUUCCUGUGGACCUGACGGACAGGGCCAGUGCUCUGUUCAUGGCCACCCUGAGGUACAUUGUGGAGUUGCUGACGUGGAGCCAGUGUGAUAAUCUGCCAUCUGAUCUACAGCCAGAAGGAGAACUCAGUGAUACCUACAUCACUAUGUUGUUCAAUGAUGAGGUUCACACAUACGAUCAGGUAAUAAAAACACUACAAAGAGCUGUCAAAAACUGUACUGCACAACAGGCUCGGGAGUUUGCUACACUUGUUGAUAGAGAGGGCCGAGCCACUGUGUAUUCUGGAUGUUUUGCCUCCUGUGAACAGUGUAGAACUAUAAUAGAUCAAAGCACCUCCAGGCAUGGAAGCAAACCUUUGAAGGUCCAAGUGAUGCACACAGUUGUAGUGGCACACCAGACUUUCUGCCUUAAACUCAUGGUGUGGCUCCAGAAAAUGAUUGAAAAAUCAGAUGGACUACGUAGAUUGUUUUGUCUCCUGAGUAUGAAGCCCCAGGAGGAUGGCCAGUCUUUGAUGGAGAAACUGCUGCUCCAUGACACACAACUAUGGAAAGUGGCAAGAAUAUUGAGUCACCAGCUUCUGAUGGCUGGAGUUUUAAUGGAUCAAGAAUGCAAGAAACAGUUUGCUGUUAUUUUCACAAAGCAUUAUUCCAUGCUAAUGUCGGAGUUUUUGCUGGACACCCAUUAUCGCCCAGUCUCGAUUACCUCUCUCUCUGUUCAAAUUUUUGCCGUAGGAACAGUGGCUCGGAUGCUGGUAACAGAUCACGAUUUGUUGAAUGUUAUUCUUGUCCCAUUCCUGGAGGCAUGCCAGGAAAAGAGAAAUGCUCAUGGUGUCCUGUCCUUGAAUAAAGCUGAACGGAACCCUUCAUUCAAACGAGCUUGCUUUAUGUUGUACGAUCUCAAGUAUGCCCUGAUCUGUAAACCUGGGCCAGAUGAGUGGAAUGACAAACUAAGGGACAGUUUUCUCAGGGGACAUGAGUCUUUUCUAAGACUUCUGAAAAUUAUGCAGGGUAUGGAUGAAGUCAAGCGGCAGACAGGAAUGCACCUGGAGUAUGAACCAGAGUGGGAGGGAGCCUUUAACCUUCAGAUGAGGGUUGAUGAUGUCAUUGCCUCAUUUACAGAAUGGUGCAGCACUGAUAGGACUGUAUUUAUUGAAGCAUACAAGAAAGCUGCCCAGAUGUUAUUAGAGUGUAGAGACACGACUCAGAAAUCAGAGCAACAGACAGUUUGCGGACACACUGUGAAGUGUAUAAAGUAUGACGUUCAAAGUCAGCCUGUAUCGAUUCAUCUCCCUCUCACUCGGUAUCUUGCAGGUCUUCUUGUGAAUAUGGGAAAGUUCGACCUACAGUUUGGAUGUCCAGAACUGAGUGUCAAGAAUCUGGACCCUGUAAGGAUGAUUGAGCCCCCGUUGAGAGUACAAGUCAUGAUUGCUCAGAGCCAAGCUGGACUUUGGAGGAGAAAUGGAUAUGCACUUCUUAACCAGAUUUAUUUUUACCAUAAUGUAAAGUGUAGACAGGAGAUGUAUGACAAGGACAUUAUGAUGCUUCAGAUUGGAGCUUCAGUUCUCGAGAGUAAUGAGUUCCUGAUUCAUUUACUGAACAGAUAUGGACUACUCGUUUGGAUAAAACCUGAGUACGAUGUGCCCACGGGACAAGAUGACAAUGUACGCCAGACUAUCAUGUUAGCUGAGGAAUUUCUAAACCUAGUGCUUAUUAUAUUAGGUGAGAGAUAUGUACCUGGACUAGGGCAGGUGACCAGGGAGGAUACUCUCAAAAGGGAGAUAAUCCAUCUCUUGUGCAUUUCUCCUAUGUCAAACAGUGAGCUGUCCAAACAUUUACCAGAUAAUACCAACAUGGAGGCAGGCAUAGAGGAUGCUAUUCAUGCAGUUGCAAACUUUCGAAAACCAGCCUCCACUAUAGGAACAGCAGGAUCUGGAAAGUUUGAACUGAAGAAAGAAUGUUACAAAGAAUUCAACCCCUAUUUUUACCAUUUCUGUCGGACUGACCAAUCACAGGCAGAAGAGACACAAAUUAAAAGAAAGAAAGAAGAAAAGUCUGAAAGUCAUGCCCUCCCUCCUCCCGUUCCUCCACGUUUCACCUCCCAGUUUGAGAGGAUCUCAAACCUCCUCCAGUGUGAUGUCAUGGUGCACAUCCUCAGCCUUAUUCUACAGAGAAGUGUGGCGACACGAUCACGAUCGUGGUCCGAGACUCAACUGGAUAGGAUUUUGCAUUUGAUUGGAUUAGCACUUCAUGAACAAAGACGAAAUAUUCAAGAUGGGCAUCAUGGCUUUGAUUUCAUUGGCAAGGCUAUGAGAGGUGAACCAAAUUUGAUGCAGUUACUGGAGUCAUUAGUGGCCGAUCCUAAGAAUAUUUCCCAUGAUUCAACCAAGGAUUUGUUGUCUUGGAUCCUUAAGAAAUUCGUUGAGGUGAGGCAGAUGACAAGUUCAGCCGAGGCUCAGAGUCCUUUUGAACAGGUCAGCUCCUUUAGCAAGGAAGAGAAUGAGGCAGCCAAGAAAAGAAAAGCCAGGCUGGCAGCCAAAAGAAAAGAGAAAAUUAUUGCCAAAAUUUCCCAAAUGCAGCAGAACUUUAUCCGAGACAAUGCUGAUUUGUUUGAAUCAACCGAUGCUGAUACCUCUCUUACCCGUGGUACUUCUGAAAUGGACAUCAGUGAGAGUGCACAUCAUGAAACACCAGUGGCUCUGGGCAAGUACAGAAGUACUCCAUGUAGCAUAGGCAUUACCAAGGCAACCUGCAUUCUGUGUCAAGAAGAACAGGAAAUCUCACACAAUUCAAGGGCCAUGGUGCUGGCUGGAUUUGUGCAGAGAUCAACCGUGAUGUCCCAAUGUAAAAGCAAAGAGUUUCCAGAUGGUGAAAACUUUGAUCCUCUCUUCACAAGUUCAGAUCUCUUUGUAGGAACUUUUACUAACUCCUGUGGUCACACAAUGCAUGCUGACUGCUGGCAGAGUUUCUUCCAAGCCAUUCUAGUCAAGGAGAGACGUCGCCUGUCGCGGAUCCCCCACUCCCUGAGUUAUAACAUUGUACAGUUAGAGUAUCUGUGUCCUCUCUGUGAGAGCCUAAGCAAUACUGUGAUACCCCUGAUACCUGCUCUACAUAGCCUUGUCUCUGACAGUGAUAUAAGCAGUGUAGAUUUGGGUUUUGGAGACUGGUUAGAUGGGUUGCAAAAAACAGUAGAGAAGUCAACUAAACAAGACAAAAUUGCCAGUAAAGAUGACCCCUUUCCACUUCUGCCUUGUCCUCUGAGCAGUAUUACCAAACUGAUGGCAGAUAGUGUGGCCAGCAAUUUCCAAUUACUGUGGCAUUAUGUCAGCAACACAUCAGGUGGUCGAUUCAGUGAAAGUUUGGAGGAAAUGAUGAAAAAGUUUGCAAAAGAUGUAUACUCAUUUGGUUUGAGUGUAGAUCCAGACGACAUUAACUCCAGGAUCCCUAUCAUGGCCUGGAAUACAUGUGCAUACACGAUUAUCAACCUUGAGCAGUACCUGAGAGACGAGAUGAAGCCAUUGUUUGGUACCUCUCCCUCCAGAAAUGUAGACUGUAUCAACGCUCUGGUCAAAUUUGCUGCCGUGUGUGGUCAGGUCAUGCCCCAGGAAGUCAUUAAGAAGCAUUGCCUGAGGCUACUUUCAGGAUUACUGACUGGUGGUCUAGAGAAGAGCAAAGAUCCCCAGUGUAUACUGGAUAUUGACCUCUUCCACUACCUCACUGCAGUCACGAUGGCAUUACCCAGCCUCUACACAGAGGGAGCCACAUCCAGCAGUCUCCCACUGAACAGCCUGAAUAACCAGUAUAUACUGCAGCUGGUCCUGACAGCACACGUAGUACAGGCCAUGCUUCUGUAUGAUAAACCAACCGAGAGUGAAGAUCAAGCUGACAUGGAAAUGGAAAGUGAUGUGGAGUCUAUUGCCCUCAUGUCUAUUUAUACAGAAAUCAGGAGAAAAGCAGGAUGUCUACCACCCAGUAAUUCAGACCCAUUACCUUGGCAACUGUCAAGACAUAUAAAUGAUGCUGUCCUGCCAUUUCUGAGAUGUGCCACUGUACUGUAUCACAAUCUGACUGGGGUACCUAUUCCAGCCAGGCUUCAAGACUGGACAGAGGAGAUGGAGCCUUUCUGUUCCUACCUCUCACUGCCAAGUAAUUUCUCAGAACUAUUCCUCAACCAAGGGGACCUUCUAGAUGGAUUACUCAAUCAAUGGUGCAUUAGUGACAUCCUGAGGUCAAGGUUAUCUUCUGCUACAUCUCAGUCCCUGGUGUCUUAUCCUCUACCUGUCAAUCAUCUUAUUGAUCUACCAAAUGACUACAGCCAACUGAUCAAUCAAAUCUCCUCAUUCACAUGUCCCAGUUCUAAUGGCAAUGACAGCCAGCUGCCCACCAUGUGUUUAGUGUGUGGGGUUGUUGUUUGCUCUCAGAGCUACUGUUGUCAGACAGAGGUUAAAGACACCAAAGUAGGUGCGGCCACUGAGCACACACUCAGGUGUGGAGCCGGCGUGGGGAUCCUGCUCAGGGUUCGAGAGUGUCAGAUAGUUCUCUUAGCUGGAACGAAAGGUUGCUUCAUCCCAGCUCCUUAUGUUGAUAGCUAUGGAGAGACAGAUCAGGGCUUAAGACGAGGCAACCCCCUUCAUUUGUGUAAAGACAGUUACAAAAACUUACAGAAGAUGUGGUUCACACAUUGCAUCCCCGAGACAGUGGCCCACAACAUAGAAUCUCAUAUGAACUUGAUGAGCAUCCACUGGCAGCAUCUUUGAUGAUACUGCCCUUAUAGGUAUUAGCCAGCAAGUCUUUGGUGUCAUAGAGAAUUGACAGGGAGAGGACAUAAGUGGAAAGCAAAACCUUGAGUCAUAUGAUAAACAAAAUACAGAACGGUGUGCAAGGGGACAAAGUAAAAAUACAUGUAAAUCAGUUAUCUAUUAUCUACUUUAUAUUUGGUGUGUUGGCAAUUUUUGUGCUAUAUCACUUGCUAAAUUUUGUCUAUUCUAUUUUAUUUUAAAACAAUGUGGUUAAGAUUAUUGAGAGAUUGCAUGCAGAUUUGUUUUCUUUUUUGGUAAAGGUAGUACCGGUAUAUAUUUAUGUGGGGAUUACUGUAUAAACCAAAAGUUUCCUAUCCAAGAUUUAAGUAAAUAUUCUUCUGUGUGAAGGACUAGGAGUGAUUUUAGAAUUUACAGACUUCUAAAUUCAUUACUUAGAGCUAAUCUGUCCAUUCAAAAAAGAGAAAUUGAGGGCAAUUACAUGUACAUGUAGACAGAGAUAUAGCAUAUAUUUUAUCAAGUUAUAAAAACAGAUGGAAAUACAAUGUAGUCCAUUGAUGCCUGCAAUGUUACAAUGUUUCAUGCAUUUAUAUGGAGUGCAUUAUGUUCAGAAAUACAUAUCAUAACGGGCUCAGGAGGUAGGAAAACCAGCAUUUUGGGAUUGUAGCUAAUACAUGUAGUUAUGUUUUUUUUUAAUUUUGGCUUUGACUGCAAGUUUUUCAAGUUUUAACCCUCAGUUGUGCUGUCAAACAAAAAGUACUAUGAUAUUAUAAAACACAAAAAAGAUAUUCAAGAUAUGAUGAAUGUUAAAUGUAUAAUGAAUUCCUUAAAGUGCUGAAAAAUAAUGUGCAAUGUGUUUUUUGAAGAUACCUGAACAAUUUUUUUUGUAGAUUUCUAUUGUUUUUCUGUAAUUGAUGCAGUUCAGAGAGCAUGACAAGUUAAUUUGAUCACUUUUUUUGUCAUGACUAGCAUAAGUAAUUAAUAUUUCUUACUUGUUUAAUGGAAUGUUAUUUUUUCUCAUUAGUGCUUUUUUGUUGCCGAUUUUCUUUGUUGGUGUAUAUAUAUAUUACUCUAUUUUAAACAAGUCAGUGUAAACAUGGAUAUUUUUGUGGGUUGUUAAUUACCAUGGAUCAGUAGAGUAACCAUAUGCAUGAGGACUUUAUUUCCAUGAUACCAGUGUAACUUAUAUUGUUUAUGCAGAAUACGACAUGCCUGAAGGAACUGGAGUGUGUAGAGAUAUAUUAUCAUGAAAGUUUUGUUUAUUUUUUUUUUUUUUUGGCAGAGUAACAUUUAAUUAGACCCAUGCAUACAUUUCUACAUGUACAGUAUCUCAUGUCCUGAUUCCUACACCUUAUGACAGAUAAUAUUCAUCUUUUGACAAGCCUUUUUAUAUGAUGUUUGAUAUUAAAGCUAUUGAAGCUAAACGUCUAUGUUAUUUCAAUAUAACUUUGGUCAUAAUUUGUGUACAUGUAUAUCGAAACAUUAAGCUGUUGAUGAUUGAUUUUUUUAAAUGCAGAUUAUAAAUACAUGUAGCUUCUUAAUGUUCAGAUUAAUGAGCAAUAUAUACUUUAUACAAUUGUGUUGUUCAUGGUUUAUGGGGAUGUUAAAAUUUCAAUAAUUUACCCUGAUGACACUAUUUACUCUGUUUUUUUACUCUCAGUUUUAUUUGCAAAAAUUCCAGUCAUGUGUGAAGAAAUGUGUACAAUGUUUUACAAAAAAAACCUCCAAAAAUAUGAGCAAGUCUUUCACUAGAAAUUGAUUUCAGUAACCACUAAUGAUUUAAAUUACUAAUGAUAUAUUGUAGCAUUACAGGGUGAAAUUUUAUCCAUUAAUAUAAUAUAAUUAAUAUAAUAUAUCAUUAGUGAUAUAAUUGUAUCAUUAGUGAUAUAAUUGUAUCAUUAGUGUUAUAAUUGUAUCAGUGAUAUAAUUGUAUCAUUAAUGAUAUAAUUGUAUCAUUAGUGAUAUAAUUGUAUCAAUAAUCACUACUGUGUUAACCACUUAUGUUGUUUUUUAAAAUAAAUAAAAAUUCAUCCACUCAUAAUAAAAAUGGAAGUCCUUUAAUUUUGUUACAAUAUAUCAUUUAUGGAUUUGCAUCAUCAGUAGUUACUGUAAUAGAUUACAAUGUACAUGUUGGUGUAUUUCUUGAAGAAAAUGUUUUGCAUUUGUACAGUAUGGUAGCUUGGCUAUUUUGUUGUUGCUUGAUGCACGAUUUAAUAAGCUAUCACUAUGGAAUUGUUUAUUUUGCAAUGUGAAGCAAAUUAUUGUAUGCAGUAAUUUUAUGUUUCCUAUUUGUCUUGACACUUGAUUCAUUAUUUCAAAACAGCUGGCUUUGAAAGUGAUAAAUUUAAAUUGGGCUUUCAGGAAGACAGAUUCAUGUAAUGCAGGAUAAACACAAUUUUAUGUGAAAUAUACUGAUAGAUAGUGAUUAACAGAUUAACCAGUACUGUGCUGAUACAAAAACCGUCUCAAUAAUUUUAGAACAAAGUACAUGUGCAUGUAGUUAAAAUGAUCGAUACACAUUAAAUUAUAUGAAAGUUC